AUGCGGUAUACAAAAUUGGAGUGGGAUAGUGAACCCGAUCUCAGCAUCGACGGCGAGGAGGCGGAACAUGGAUAUGGGGGAGAUAUGGUAGGGAUUCAAUUUCCGGUGGAAAAUCUUUCUGGGACGAUGCUGUGUAGGAUCGUGAUCAGAGCGUUAGAGUCUGAUCACCCAAUCAUAUACGUAAACAACAUUUUCGAGAUGGUCACGGGGUAUCGAGCAGAGGAAGUUCUUGGUCGAGUUUGCAGCCGUUUCUUGCAAUGUAGAGGACCUAUUGCUAAAAGAAGGCAUCCGUCAGAAGACUCAACUGUUGCAACAAAAAUGAGGCGAUGUCUUGCAGAUGGCAUCGAGUUUCAAGGCGAAUUGCUAAACUUUCGGAAAGAUGGGUCUCUGAUGAAUAAAAUGUGUAUAAUCCAUAUUCGUGAAGAUGAUGAAAUCACUCAUCUCAUAGGUGUUAUGUUCUUCACAGAUGCGAUCAUCGAUCUUGGUCCAUGUCUUGUUUCUUCUACAAAGGAAAUCUCUAGAACGUCCGAACAGUCUCGCUCAUUCGUUUCUGCUUUAGUUAUCGGAGAGUAUAUCGUCUCUCGUGGUGUAUGCGAGCUAUUCCAGUUGAGAGAUAAGUUAGUUCUCAAGAUAUUAUCACGGUUGACUCCUCGUGAUAUUGCAUCGGAUGGUUUGGUAUGCCCUCGGCUCCAAGAGCUAACAAAGUACGAUGAUUUAUGGAGACUAUUCCCACAAGAAGCGGCAGGAGCUAACAAAGUACGAUGAUUUAUGGAGACUAUUCCCAGUGCAAGGACGAUAGGUUUGGGUCAGUUGGCCCGAGAGCUGACAACCCUUGAAGCGGUGGCCUGGAGGAAAUUGACGGUGGGAGGGGUCGUUGAGUCGUCUCGUUGUAAUUUCAGUGUCUGUGCAGUCGGGAACAUGAUUGUUAUCUUUGGUGGUGAAGGUGUGAAUAUGCAGACAAUGAAUGAUACACUCGUGUUGGACCUGAGUUCAAGUAACCUCGAGUGGUAACAUGUUCAGGUCAGCUCCCCUCCUCCCCGCUGAUGGGGCCACACUCUCUCAUGUGUAAAUGGGUCUCGCUCGGUGGUUUUCGAAGGUUAUGGGAGCCAAGGACUACUUAACGAUGUCUUCUUGCUAGAUCUUGAUGCAGACCCACCGACUUGGGGAGAAGUUUCUGGCUCGACCCUUCCUCUCCCCCGAUCAUGGCAUAGCUCAUGCACCCUCGAUGGCACUAAGUUGAUAGUAUCCAGUGGUUGUGCUGAUUCAAGAGCUCUUCUUAGUGAUAGAUUUCUUCUUGACCUCUCAAUGGAGGAACCAGUAUGGAGGGAGAUACCCAUUCUAUAGACACCUCCAUCUCAUCUUGGUCACACUCUGACGGUCUACGGAGGCAGAAAGAUCCUAAUGUUCGGUGGGCUUGCAAAGAUGGAAUCUUUAAGAUUCUGUUCAAGCGAUGUAUUCCACCUAAACCAACAAUUCGCAAUGGACCUAAGUGAGAAUGAACAGUGUUGGAGACCCGUGAACAGGUGUGGUAGUGGCACACUAGGGUCUGAAAAAUCUUCCGGAGGAAUGGUGGCUCCACCCCCGAGACUUGACCAUGUGGCAGUUAGCCUUCCGGGUGGGAGAAUCUUGAUAUUUGGUGGGUCAGUUGUAGGCUACUCAACAUCUCACCUUUAUCUCCUCGAUCCAACGGAUGAGAAACCGACAUGGAGGAUACUAAAUGUUUCGGAAAGUCCACAGUUUGUGUGGGGACCCAGUACCUACGUGGUCGGAGGGACUCGAGCCAUAGUCUUGGGCGGAAAGACUGGGGAAGAGUGGAUGUUAAGUGAGUUCCAUGAAUUAUUGUUGUCAUGUCCAUCAUCUGAUUAA